CUUAGUAAGUCAAAUUGGGUCUAUAGAGAGGUUCUGUUGGGUUCUGACUGGAAACUCUUUGGAUGCGCCUUUGAAUUCCAAGACUGAGCUGGGUCUGACGUGAGAAGAUGUUCCAGUUCCCUCCAGCUACCUACUAGGAGACACAAUGAAGACAACCAAUGAAAACCAAAAGAUCUACAGUUACAAUUAAGAAUAUCAAAAAGAGGCAGCAAAGGACAAAGGAAGUCAGGCUGCACAUACAUGGAGGAAGCCAGUUUCUCAGAAGACACAACUCCUAAGCCACAGGAACAUUUGCUUUUUGGUAGGGAUUUCUCCCAAAUUAAGAUAUACAACGAUUACAAUUUUACCUCAAAAAAUGACAUCCUUGAUGUCUCAUAUCAAAUUAUGUCAACAGUAGAUGAUCCUCAAAAAAAGACCACAUACAAAGAGAUUUGUGGAAAUGCAGACAUAACCAAGACUUGGGAUAAAAUGACUGAAACUGUUGUUAACAAAAACUAUGAUAAAGAGAAACAAUCCACCAUAAAUCUUGACAUUCCAGCUAAUGAAAGAGACCCUUCAAAGUCAAACCUUUCUGAUAUUUUACUCCAUCAUCUUUCCAAAGAGGAAUUCUUAAAAGGUCAAGGCAUUAAUUGUGAAACUUUCCCUGAGAUUUCUAAUGCUGACUGUUCUGAUGAAGCCAUUAUUAAAAAUAUUAUUUUGCACUAUGCUAAGAAUUCUUGGCCAAAAGAACAAACCCCGGAAAUCACGGGCCCUCUCAGCCCCAAAAGGGAUGAUGAAAGCAGCAAUAAGCCCUAUUGUUCUCGAACUAUGAGAGAAGAAAACACCUCUAAUUUAGAAGAGCCAGUGGUUGCUGGAGAGAGCAGCUAUCAAGAAACUUCAAAUUUUCUAACUAAGAUCAAGAGUCUAUGUGAUAAACCAAAAAGUUUCCAAGGGCAGCCACCCCAGAAACAACAGACUGAAAAAGCAAUUUCAGGCAAUUGGUUCAAAUAUGGCCAUGACCAGGUUCAUUACCAGUUCUCUGAUUUCUUUAAGGUUGCUCCCAAAGUGAAAAUCCCUAAAAAUAACAUAAUUAAUAAGCCACUUAUAAUAGAUACAGAAGCCAGCCUUUCUCCUAAACUGAGAGAUAAGUCAGUUAUGAUGCAAGAUAUUUUAGAAAGCAUAUCUAGGUCAAAUUGUAUUGAAAAACAAAAGCAGAAAAGGAAAACUACUGAUUCUUCACAACAGACAGAGAUGGAGCCCACAAUACAUAUUCACCAAGAACAUCUCACAGGAAUAGAAUCCGAGACAAGUCUCUUUAAGGUGUCAUCAACCUCUCAGAAAGACCCUUGCCCAAGUUCUUCUUACAUAGUUCAAAAGAUAACUGAAGGGAAACAGAUGUGCCAGAAGUUAAAAGAACAGACUGAUCAACUGAAGACUAAAGUACAAGAAUUUUCCAAAAGCAUAGCACAGGAGUCUCCUUGUCAUUUGCAAGACAAGAAGCUGGUCCUGGAGAAACUGCAGGGACAUCUUGAACUACUGGAGCAGGAGUUUAGGGACAACAAGGAGAAGCAUCUGACUUUGAAGCAAAUUCACAGGCAUGAAUCCCCAGCUGUCGGUGACUUUGAUCCAGAAAGAGAAGUGGAAGGUGAAAUCUUCAAGUUGGAGAUGCUACUUGAAGAUGUUAAGGAGAAUAAGGGCAAAUAUACGUCAGCCGUCUGUCUUCCCGGGAGUUCUCCAAUCAUCCCUGAUGAGUUGGCAUCCACAUCCUCUCCACCCUCAAAUGAGGAGAUCCCCAACAACACCUCAGGAAGGCCCAGUCGUGCAGAGACAGCCAGUCCAAGCUGUGCCUGUAGCCACCUGGUCUUUGAAUGGAAGGAAAAUAUGGAGAAAAAAGGGCACAGAAGGCCCAGCUGUGGAAGGUGUCCCACUGCCCUUCAAGAAAAGGCACUGCAUGCAGACUCAAUUCUCGGUUCUGAUACAGGCCACAGCUGCUAUUCUGCUCCUGGGACCGGACUGCUGACUGAUAAAUGUCAGAACUGCAGCACCAAGAGUCAUAAUUGUGGAAGAAACUGUGGCAAAAAACCACCUGAAGAAUUUCAUUAUAGAUACAACACCCCAGGAGAGAAUUACUUAUAUCAUAGUGAAAGAAGCAACUUUGUCCAGCUCUGCUUUUUAAAUGAAAAUAAAAAUUCUUCAUCUUCUUGUUCAAAACCAGAAUGGAUCUGUUCCCAGACAUCGAAUCCAAAAUUCUCUCAAGACGAACAUGAGCCCAUACCAGAAAAAAAAAAUAAGAUUUUCAUGACCUACAGUUCAGACCUUGCUACACCCACACCCCAUUUCCACUUCUGCAGGAUUUCUGGAAGCAAAUCCUUAAGCAACUUGCGCAGUAUGGAAACGGAAUCUGAGAUUUUAAACUCGUCUUUGGAUCAUGCCCUAAGGACAGCAACCAUUUUGAAAGAAACUACUGAUCGAAUGAUUAGAACUAUUGCAGAAGAUCUUGCCAAAGUACAGAGAUGGAGGAAUCGGCUGAAAUACUAGUUUGACCCAAGGCAACCAAAGACUUAAAAAAAAAAAAAAAAGAAAAAGAAAAGAAAAAUGCAAAGAAAACUUUAUCUUCCCUCAAAAAGUAUCUUAUUACACAAUUUAGGAAGGUGACUUUCUAGAGACAAUACCAAAACCAUAGAAAAUGGGGGGCACCAAGUGCUUAAAAGGAAAAAAAAAAAACAACAGUGGACCCUGAUUCUUAAAUUGAAAUCAACAAGUAUUUAUUUUCAAAUAAAUCUGUUAUUCCUAACUCAUAAUGGAAGAAAUUAAAACAAUAAACUAGG